AACAUAAAAAGAUGGAACAAACAGAAAUAAAUUAAAUUAAAAAAAAAUAAUUCAAUUUGAAAGAACUGAAAAAAGAGAAUUUUCAAUUGUUAGGAGAAUAUUGGGAAUUGAAAUUGAAAAUGAGGAAUUUUUACAGCAAGUGCACAAUUUGGAAAAUCAAUUGUAUUCUCUAAAGUUCCUUUGAUAUAAUUGCUUUCAUGUCAAAAAAAAAAAUUCGAGGAAAAAUGAACGAUUUUAACCGACAAAUCCUUCGAUUGAUAAUAAGUAAAAGAAGAAUAAAAGUUUUAUCAAGAAAAUUCAAAUGAAUUCAUCCUUUGGAAAAGUGACUAUAUAAUACAUUCAUUUUUCUAUGAGGAAGCAAUAUGAAAAAAACUUUUUCUGUUUCGAAAAAUAAAAUGUGAUGAAUCAAGAAAAUAAUGAGUUUUUCCAUUAUAAAAAUGAAACAACAACAACAGCAACAACAACAACAACAUUAUCGAUAUUGCAUUUGAAAUUAUUAAUAAAAAAUAUAAGUAAAAUGUAUCGUGUGAAAAAUUAUACGGAAAUUUUCCGUAAAUUUAAUAUAACGGAUGAGGAUAUUGACUAUAUUAAUAGUAUGAGUUAUGCAAACGAAACAAAUGAUGAUGAUGAUGAGACAGUGACAACGCAAAUAGAUUGUUAUUGUAGUGGUGCUGCGAGAGAUUUGGCAAUAUUGUAUAAAGCCUAUCAUGGGUAUGUGGCACUUGUGGUUUGUGUAUUUGGUACAGUGGCAAAUAUUUUGAAUAUUAUGGUACUGACCCGAAAAGAUAUGGUUGUUGCGCCAAUUAACAGAAUUCUAACUGGUCUUGCCAGUGCAGAUAUGUUGGUAAUGGUGGAAUAUAUUCCAUUUGCAAUAUACGUCUAUUUAGUUCUACCGGAAAACAAGAUUUUCCCCUAUGGCUGGGCUGUAUUUGUAUUAUUUCAUAUGCAUUUUUCCCACGUAUUGCAUACAAUAAGCAUUGCUCUUACGCUUACUUUGGCUGUCUGGAGGUAUAUUGCUAUUCGAUUCCCACAAUAUAAUCACUGUUGGUGCACAGCUGCUCGAUGUCGUUUGGCACUGUGGUGUAGUUUUCUGGUUCCUAUUAUUGUCUGUUCUCCGGCUUAUUUAAUUUUUGGAAUAAGAAGGCAACGUGAACAGGGGACGAAGGAAAUUCUUUAUCAUGUCGAUGCAAAUUAUUCAGGCGGAAGAAAUGGAUUUCUCUAUCAAUUGAAUUUUUGGAUUAUUAGCGUAUUUGUUAAAUUACUGCCAUGCGUUAUAUUGACAAUUAUUAGUUGUUGGUUGAUAAAAGCACUCUACAGGGCAAAGAGUAGAAAGCAGGUCUUGAGAGGCUACAGUCCAUGUGCAGCAACAAAUGGCCUUUCUUCACGUAGGGCAAGUAAAUCGGAAAGAAGAGCUGACAGAACGACAAAAAUGUUGGUCGCUGUACUUUUACUUUUUUUAGUGACUGAGAUUCCCCAAGGAAUUCUUGGACUUUUAUCUGGUGUAUUAGGCGAUUGUUUCUUUAGAAAUUGUUAUCAUAAUUUCGGCGAAAUAAUGGAUAUUCUUGCACUUAUUAAUGGGGCAAUUAAUUUUAUUUUAUAUUGUUCAAUGUCACGACAAUUUCGCACGACAUUUGGUCAACUUUUUAAACCACGAAUCAUCAAAAAAUGGCAUCCAACGUCACAGCAAACGGAAGUGCACAGUACUUUUGUAUGAUUUCUUUUAUUUUUAUAUAGGAAAUUUACCUUCAGUUUUUAAUUUCGAUUAUUUUUUUUUGAAUAAUAGUAUUUAAAUGUAAUUAAUAAAUUUAAUAUUUGUAUUAUACUGAGAAAAUAUUGAACCUAAUUCGAGUAGAAAAAUAAUUUUACACU